UCAUGGUGGAAUUCGAGUGUUAUUGUGCCUCUCAAAUAUGAUUUUGUCUGUUUCUUCUUGUGCUCCUUUUGUCGAACAACAUUAGAAAAAGUAUUCGCAAGUUUUUUAAUCACACUCACGAGUUGGAUCAAAUUUAAAUCUCUCCAUUGUCGAACAAGUAGCUUUUAAUCUGUUCAUCAAUAUCAGGAUAGAGCAAUGGAGAAAAAUCUGUACACAGCAGUUAUAUCAGACAACUUAAAGGCACUUACAAGAUUGCAAGGUGACGAUCUCAACAUUCUACAACAGCUUACACCCACAAGGAAUACUGCACUUCAUGUGGCAGCAUAUCAUGGCCACUUACAAUCUGUGAGAAUGUUGCUUUCGCUGUUGAAUCAAGACAUAGAGGCUGGUAAUCAGGAUGGCCAUCGAUUUCUAACCGCUAGAAACGAGGAAGGUAACACUGCCUUACAUGAAGCGGCCAUUGGAGGACACUACGGGGUAGUAGAGGCUUUAUUGGAGUAUCACACUAAUCUGGUGGAUAUAAUCAAUCACAACGGGGAGACCGCGCUCUUCAAAGCUACAGAGGAAGGUCAAAAUAAAAUAGUUAAGAAACUUUUGCCUCUCACAUCUUCACCCUACCACAGGAGGACAUCUGAUGGCCAAACCCUUCUGCAGUGCGCAAUCUACAACACACACAAAGGCGUGCUUAAAACUCUAAUUGCUGUUAAUCCAGAGCUCCUUCAACAAGUUGACAAUUUAGGGAGAACCCCAUUGCAUAACGUUGCCUGUCUCAGUGGAAUAUCGCAUAUUGCGAAGACUCUUUUGGAGAAAGAUAGUUCUUUGUGUUAUAAAGUGGACAACAAUCACCAAUCAGCACUUCAUAUAGCUGUUAAAGAAGGAAACCUAGAUUUGGUCAACGAGAUAUUAAAUUACGCCAAAGAUUGCAUUGAAAUUGUGGAUAAUGAAGGGAGAACUGCUCUACACUUGGCCGUUGAAAAUGCAGUAGAGAUAUUUGACAGAAUCUCCAGAAGUAUAAAAACUCUGGUAUUACUGGUAACAUCAAGGAGGCUGAUUAAUAAACCUGACAAGCUGGGCAGAACAGCUCUAGACAUAGCAAUACACAACAUGGGCAAUGACGAACGCCUUUUCUAUGGGAUAAAAAGGUUGCUAGAAACAAAUGGUGCACGAAAGACUGCAAAGACGAUGGAGGAAACGAAAGAGUGCUCAUUAACAUCUCCAAAGUCAUCAUGGAAAUUCAACCUUGUUUCAGUAAACGCAGUGUUGAUCGCAGCGGUAGCAUUCGAUACACCUUUCAAUCUCCUGGAUAAAGCACACUCUCAAAAGUAUCGUGUUUUCUUUCCUAUAAGAGUGAUGUCCGACGCAUUAGCAUUCUGUAGUUCAAUUACAUCCGCAGUUCUGCUAAUUUAUGCACUUUAUGGUAAACAAGAAGACCCUUUGCUUCUCAAAACCUCUCUCACAGGAUUAUGGAUAGCCUUGAUAUCUCUAUUGCUGACAUUUGGGGCAGGCACUUUCAUCAUGGUGGAACCACACAAUAAAUUGGUGGCAGUAACUGUGUUAGUAAUGGUGACCAUUGUUCCGAUUUGCAUAAGGAUAAUGAUAUUCCGUUCAAAGAAAUACAUCUUCAGAGAAGACGAACAUCACCUCUGGACACUCUUAAUAGUAGGCUCCAUCCAGAUGACACUUUUAUUUACACUUAGGAAUACUGUUGGAAUCUCGUUAGGAGAGGGAAUGGGUAUGGUUCUGGGUUUGAUGAUUGUGUGGAUUGGCAUAUCUAUAGGCCCCAAGAAAUUCUUUCGUCCUAAGCGCGACAUUUCCAGAGAUAAUGGGUAUUACAUCUGGUUUUUGCUUAUUGGUUCGAUGGUGGAUGCCUCCUUUAUUUUGGUUUUAUUAGCAGCCGAGUUUGGAUGGUAAUGCUGAAGCAUUCGGCAUUUUGGAAUCAACUCUAUAUCUUUAAGAUAUUAUAUUAGCCUUAUAUACUUUUGGAAGAAAGAUACUAUAUAUGGCUUUUGAUUAAAUGAAAUAUA